AUGGCUACACGUAAAAUGGAUGCCGGUUUACACCCUGAGUUUCAUUAUGAACAGAGACUAUCACCUGUGCGUGCUCGAAUACGUAGUUGGCUGUUGCCUUUCAUUAGACGAGAGAAGGACAUUUUAGUUUUCAUACAGAGUUCCCUACGACAUCCAUUUCUUGAUUGGUAUUUUCCAGUCACUUCGAAUCUUGGCACACACACAUUUUACAUGGUUUGUUUGCCAUUAUUAUUUUGGUUCGGUUAUGCACCUUUAGGACGCGGGCUGACAUUAGUUGUAGCUUCGGGUGUUUUUUGGACGGGAUUUGUUAAGGAUAUGCUAUGUCUACCACGACCAUUGUCCCCUCCAAUUAAGCGCAUGACAAUGUCUGGAACACAUCAUCUUGAGUAUGGGUUUCCGUCGACACACACCGCCAAUGCCAUCUCAAUCACACUAUAUCUUCUCGCGUUUGUAACACAAAUAAAUGAUAUUGAUCCAAAUACGCGACAAUUAUGUGUCGCAGCGUUGAUUGUUUAUUGUGUGAGUGUUGUGUUGGGACGGAUUUAUUGUGGGAUGCAUUCGAUUACUGAUUUGAUAGGCGGUACUAUUAUGGGUGCAUUGUUAUGGUGGUUUCAAUGGAAUUGGCAAAGCGAUAUUGAUGCAUUUGUAUUGAAUGAUAGUUGGUUCGUGCCAAUGUCCAUAAUAUCAGUUACUAUAUUCUUAAUUUAUAUCUUUCCGGAACCUGUCGAUAAUUGUCCCUGUUUCGAGGAUUGCGUUGCUUUCGCUGGUGUGAUAAUGGGAUUAUUACCUGGAUGUUGGCGAUACGCGCAAUCAAAAUACAGUUUAUCUGGUAGUGAUCGAGCAAAUGUUCCAUACGAUUAUCAGACAGUAGGAUUACCUAAAUCUCUGGGAAGGCUUGUGAUUGGAGUGGCCAUACUUUUUAUAUGGCGGAUGGUGAUGAAGAAGAUUCUAUAUACGACUUUACCACCAUUUUAUCGUGCACUGAAUUUAAACAUUUAUCGAAAGGAUUAUUUACCUGCGAAAGACUACAAAGAUCUUUCACCCUAUUCAAUUCGUGCUGUCCCAUCUGUGCUUAAUCUUCCACAAGCGCCGAUUCAUUCAAUGGGACCUCAAUCAACGGCUGAUAUGUACGAGCAAUUAGAUGCCGAAAAAGAAAACGAACGAGGUCUAACGGAACGAAGACGCAUGAAUGGAUCUUUUGUUGCGCAUCAAAAUAAUUUUAACAAGCCAGCAUCAAAUAUUAGAAAGCUUGAUGAAAAAGUUAACCUUGACGACGAUGAUUAUAGCGAAGAAAAUAAAGGGAAUAUUGUGUCGUUUGAUACUAUUGAAGAACCGCCAUUGAGAUACGAUGUCGAUGUGGUUGUAAAAUUGGUGGUUUAUGCUGGUAUUGGUUGGUUAGCUGUUGAUUUAAUACCUGUAUUCUUUGAGCUCAGUGGGCUUGGUGUCAACAUUGUUGCACGGAAUCAAUAA